GACCAAUAGGAAAUGGAAAAUUUCCGAAACAAACAGAAAGCCCACCUAACCGUCAGCUUGUAAAGUCAGAGCUCUGAAUCCACGUUUACCGCACUCCGAUUCUCGGUCUGGUUUCAGAGCAGAGAAAUCCGAUCAGAAAAUUCAGUGACACAAUGAUCUCACGCUGCUCGAGCUGGAAGCUGCCGGCGGCGGAGGCGGGCGGGCCGCCGUUGUGUCUGCUGGCGAGGCAGGGAGGAGUGAGUUUCAGUAGGAUUGCUACGAGGAGCUGCCCUGGCCCUGGCUCUGCUCCUAGCAGAGCAUUGAAGUUGCGUGUGGCGGCGGUGGACCGCAGCAGUAACGGCGGCGCUGGUGAGAGCGGCGCCAGUAAGAAGGCUGCUGCGUCCUCAUCGUCGGUUCCUAAUUCGAAUUACAUGGUGCCGCUGGACAAGGCGUCUUCCUGCAUUACUCGUCCCCUGGCCGAGAUCCUCCGCGACCUCAACAAGAGGAUCCCCGAUAACAUCAUCAAGGAUCACGACAGUGAUGAUCCUCAUGCCAUAUUCAUCCCCUGGUAUCACGCCAAUCGCAUGUUGAGCUUCUACGCUCCAGGUUGGUGUGGAGAAAUAAGGAAUGUUAUUUUCUCUGAGAAUGGAACUGUGACUGUUGUUUACCGUGUCACUAUACUAGGAUCGGAUGGAGAGGCAUACCGUGAAUCAACCGGGACAGUAUCAUCAGACGAUGAGCACAUCAAGGAUCCGGUCGCUGAAGCUGAGGAGAUUGCUUUUUGCCGAGCAUGUGCUAGGUUUGGACUUGGCUUAUAUCUUUAUCAUGACGAGUAGCUGCUACAGAAAUGACAAUUUUGAUAAGAUGAAUGAAGCAGUAUGUUUUAUCUGCGUUCAUAAGAUAUUUUAGUCUGGUAUAAAUAACCUUAAAAGCCGUCUGUAUCACCACAUUAUACUACAUAUUCCACUAUGACUUUUCAUGUGUUCUUGCUACUGGUUUAUGUGCUGGAAUUCUACCAGUUUUGCUAAUUCUCACUUCCCAUCAUUUUCCCCUUA